AUGGCCCAUUACGUGGAUGACCUUCCCGGAACCAGCGCUGGGACGUCGACCUCUGGACCGGAAAACAGCAAUUCGUUGAUUUCGUCAACCAGCAAGGGCCCCUAUGUUCAUCAGUUCAAACACCACUACACCCAUCUGAUGAACGCACUGUCGGAGUUGCGACGCGAUGAGGAGCUGUGCGAUGUCGUGCUGCUGGCUGGGACGCACCGAAUACCGGCACAUCGCGUCAUCUUGGCGGCCUGCUCGUGCUAUUUCAAGACAAUGUUCACCACAAGCCUCCAGGAAUCCAGCCAGCGCGAAAUACGAAUGCUCGAAAUCGACGGCCAAACGCUGUCACAAAUGGUGAUGUUCUGCUACAGCGGCGAGUUGAAAAUCACUGACAGCUCGGUGCAACAACUCCUUCCGGCGGCCUGUUUGUUGCAGAUGGGCGAAAUACAGGAUGUUUGCUGCGAAUACCUUGGCAAAAACCUGGACCCGUCGAAUUGCCUGGGCAUUCGAGCUUUUGCCGACACGCACUCAUGCCGCGAGCUGGCGAGGAUCGCCGACGUCUACACGCAGAACAACUUUCAGCAAGUGAUCACAUCCGACGAGUUUCUGCAGCUCUCCCUUGAGCACCUGCUGAUAUUGGUGUCAAGCGAUGAGCUGCACGUGAAAUCUGAGGAGCAGGUUUUCGAAGCUGUCAAGCGAUGGAUUCAUUGCGAUUUGGCGGGGCGCCGGCAACAUUUGGCGACGGUGCUCGAGUACAUCCGCCUGCCGUUGUGCGAUCCCAAAUUUUUGGUGUCUGUCGUCUCGGAGGAUCCGCUGGUGAAAGCCGACCCUGCGGCUCGAGAUCUGGUCGAUGAAGCCAAGAACUACUUGCUCCUCCCCCUCGAACGGGCCCACAUGCAGGGCCCGCGGACGCGGCUACGACGCGCCGCCUACUGCGGCGAAGUGCUGUACUCGGUUGGAGGAUGGUGUUGCGGAGAAGCAAUUAAACACGUCGAACGCAUGAACCCCAACCAGCGACAGCCAAAGUGGGAGCAGGUAGCCCCGAUGAAGAAGCCGAGGUGCGGCGUCGGCGUCGCCGUCCUAAAUGGGCUGCUGUAUGCCGUCGGAGGGCACGAUGGCGUUGCGUAUCUGAACUGCGUCGAAAGAUACGAUCCCGCGACGAAUCAAUGGGACAACACUGUCGCCCCAACAACCUCAUCCCGAACAUCGGUUGGCGUGGCGGUGCUGAACCGCUGCCUCUACGCCGUCGGGGGCCAAGAUGGCGUCAGCUGCCUGGAUUUGGUCGAAAAAUACGAUGCUCGCGACAAUAAAUGGACCCAGGUGGCCAGCAUGGGAACGAGGAGGCUUGGCGUCUCAGUUUCGGUGCUCAAGGGAUGUCUUUAUGCCAUCGGAGGUUCAGACGGGCAAAACCCACUACGAACUGUUGAACGCUACGACCCCCGAACCAAUAAAUGGACGUCCGUGCAGCCUAUGAAUGUCCCUAGAAAACAUCUCGGAACUGCUGUGUUUGAUGGGAAGCUGUAUGCGGUCGGCGGGCGAGACGAUAAGCUGGAACUUGAUUCGGCGGAAUACUACGAUCCCAUUACGAACGAGUGGCGCUUCAUCGUCGCCAUGCAGAGCCGACGAUCUGGGGUUGGCCUUUCGGUGAGCAAAAACAAGCUCUACGCGGCCGGCGGGUUCGAUGGGAACUCUUAUCUGAAAUCUGUUGAGGUCUACGAUCCACAGGAGAUGUCCUGGCGCUUCCACAGCAACAUGAAUUUUCGCAGAUUGGGCGGUGGGGCCGCGACUAUCCCGAUGCUGAACGUGCAGGAAGAUAAAGUCAAAGAGCAGCAGGAAACCAGCGAAUCGAGGGAAUCGCCAGAAGUCGAGAAACGUGAAAUGGAGGACAAUUUACUUGGAAGAAUGCUGAUUCCCAAAUCACACCGGCGCGCAAUCUACGAAUACCUCUUCAACGAGGGAGUCACCGUCGCCGCCAAGGACCCCAAUGCCAAGACGCACCCGAACAUCGAAGGAGUCACAAAUCUCGAGGUCAUGAUGGCCAUGAAGAGCUUGGCCUCGCGGGAGUUGGUGAAGCAGCAGUUCGCCUGGCGCCACUACUACUGGUAUUUGACGAACGAGGGCAUCACCUACCUCCGCGAAUACCUGAACCUGCCAGAAGGAGUCGUGCCCGCUACAGUCAAGAACAAGGCCAAGGAGCCCCGAUUGCCGCUCGGAGACCGCCCGUCCCGACCAGGCCCGAAGGCCGAGGGAGAUCGUGAUGCCUACAGGACGACCGAGAAGCAGACUGAUGCCGGACCCGGAGCUGCCCCCGUUUACCGAGCCGGAUUCGGACGUGGCGGCCCUGCACCUCAG